ACAAGGUAUUUUUCGUAAAGGGAUAAGCCAAGAUUUUUGGAAGUGUACUGUUGCUGAGAUAGGCAAGACUAGGUGGAGAGACAAUAUCGCCUGUAAUAUAGUUGAAAGGUGCAAACAGUUCAAAGUAUUUCUUAGUACAGAUGAACAAGGGUGGCAACACACUAUUAACGUAGCAAUAGCUCAGAGCUCUAAAGGGCCGCGGAAAUCCAAUAUAUCUCCCAGUACAGCUCGAGAAAUCAAAAACGGACAAGAGAUACAAGCCCUAGAUAGUACUAAAAGAUCAAGAUUCAAUAGCUCCGCAAAUAAAGCAAAUCAAUGUGUAGACAAGAAGUUGAUAACACAAGACCUUCAUCAAGUUAAAAGUAUUGUUAAGAAAGAGAAUAAAUGGUCUAUGCUAAUCUCUGCACCCUGGUUUUUCGCACCUACUGUUCUUGAGCAAGGUAUAGAAGAGA